AUGUGUCAUGAAGAAGGUUUAAUCAGACUGAUAGGAGGGCAAGACGAAUCAGAGGGUCGUGUGGAAAUCUUUCAUGAUGGAGAGUGGGGGACUGUAUGCGAUGACAACUGGGAUAUAGAUGAUGCUCAUGUGGUGUGUCAACAGCUGUAUUAUAUGGGUGCAAAAGAAGCUCCAGGAUCUGCUACUUUUGGCCAGGGGACUGGAAACAUCUGGAUGGAUGAUGUAAGCUGCAGUGGAGCAGAGAUAGACCUGCUCCACUGUACCUUUCCUGGAUGGGGAACACAUAACUGUGGCCACUCUGAAGAUGCAGGCGUUAGGUGUGAAAUAUGGCCAGAGACUCAUGUGGAAACUCUUAGUCAUGAAUACACCGUGGACCACAAUGCAUCCCUCUCUCAUCAGCUGGAAGAGCUGUUUGAUGGUCAACACGACUGUGACUUGAACAUACCAGUGAGGGUGGACAACAACACAGUGGAGAUGGUCUGUGCUCACAAGAUCAUACUUUCGCUGAACCCAGAUCUCAAAACAUCUCAGACGAACUUCCACAGCCUCAGCAUAGAUGUUACAUCUGACUGUAUUCAACAUGCCAAUACAUUUAUCAGAUACUUCUACACAAGAAAAAUGAAAAUCACACUUGCCUCUGCCUAUUGCCUUCUGAAGAUGGCUUACGACUGGAGACUUGCAGAAUUUCAGAGUGAGGCUGUAGAUAUUGUCAGAUCAUUUCUCCCAGAGGAUUCUACUUUCCAGAGUCAGAGCUCCUUCUGUCAGUAUGCAGUGAAUGUUGGUGACCAGGCUGUACAAGAUAUUUGUCUUCAGUACUUGGCUUGGAACUGCGAGGAGCUGAUCCUAUCCCCAGCCUGGACAGAACUUCCACUCCACCUUGUUACGGCUCUUCUUGCCCGUUCAGACCUUGUGGUGCAUAACGAAAGCAUCAUUUUGCAUGGACUGAAGAAAUGGGCAGCGGCUCAGGAAAAUACGACGAUCCCCAAGAUUCUUCUCAAGCUUGUUCGCUUCCCAAUGAUGCCAGCUGAGGACUUAUACAAACUUGAUGGUUCACAGUAUCAUGACAGCAAGUUGCAGGGCUUUCAAUUCAAUGCUCUCCCAGUGAGCAUGUUGCUCACUGAUCUGACCGAGGAAGAAACUAUGUACACACCAAGGAUUUACAUGGCCAAACCAUGGAGCUUCUCUUUCAGCACCCGGAUCAGAGCUUAUAUUUUUUCUGGUCUCUAUGUUACUAUGAACAAGAGCAUCAGCAGUGUGGUAUCAGAUUUUGAAACCCCUGCUCAUAACAGUGCCUACUUUACCUUUUACAACAUAAAAUGGAAAACAAGGGUAUUUAUCAAGAAUGAAGAGUGCACAAGAGAAGGUGUCACCUGUUCCUCUUUGCCUGCAGUUAGUUUAAAGAUUCAAGAAAGGCCGAGUAAUUUAUCCAGUGAAAUGGAAGGGCGUAUUCUUUACAGAAAUAAGCUUGUUCUUCUGUGUGAAGGGAGGUAUGUGUCUCACGUUGAUGAAUUUACCUCUAUGGACAGUGACAAACCUAUAAUAAUUCCCAACAUUGCAGAACAAACUUACCCUUGCCCAUCAAAUGUCUUCACCUUUCAAGUGGUGGUGCGGCCGCAGUACUCAACUGAUUAG